AUGCUUUCGGCAGCGAUAUCUUUCUUAGUGGUAGCCUCAUCAUGGGCUAUGCUGCCUGUAAUAACCGGAGAACAUGGACAUGCUCCACAUAAUGAUGAUGAACAUUCUGAUCAGAAGGGGAUUCAUCCUCCUUAUAAUCCUGAACCGCCGAUGAUAGAUCAUACCAGGCAAAGUGCUCAAGUCAUUAACAAUUACUACAUCUUUGCGAAAGAAAUAACUAAGUUAUUCGACGUCAAAAACGGAGCUUUGCCAUGGAGUCCACCAGCUAAAUCUGCAAAACGAGAAGAUUUUGAGACAGACGGGAAGCCUUUCAAAUUGCCUGAGAGAGUGAUUCCCCAAAUGCCAAAUUUACCCCCAGCUGUGGAGAAAGUGGAACAUUUAGAACAACCUGAUUUCUUCAAAGGUCUCAUGCAGAGCCUAGGGCUGCUAUUGAACCCGAAAAUUUCUGAGCUGGAUGGGGGACCAAGGACGAGUGGAGCUGCCACGCCUCUUACAGUGGAUCUUACAUCUCGUACGGAUAGCUUGCCGAAGUCAAACUGGAAAUAUUCUGAGCUUAGUGGAGAGCCAGAAACGACUGAAACUGCUACGCCUGUUACAGGAGAUAUGGAAGAAUCUUCGAAUGGAACAGCUCAACCUUCUGUUAAGAAGAGUCCGGAAACGGAAACAGAUUACGAAGAUCCGCCGUUUCCUGUGGAAAAAAUUGAAGAUUAGCAAUUGAGCACAUAGUAGUCUCGGAAACAUCUUGAGAUUCUCUAAAAAUUUAACU